CGGAAAGUCAUGUACUGCGGCCUCUUCCAUAAAUACAGUCCUGCUAAUCCCGGGUGCUCAGAUCCUGGACUACAGUCAGAAGAAAUCUGGGACGUCUAAAGAGAAUAGUCUUGGAGGUGCACUGUAAGUAGAGGCCUACGAGUUUUGCAUCUGUACGGUAAUAUCCAGCAUGCUGUUAAUCUAUCACAUGCUGGUCGGAGCCUUUCUUCAGUUCUUCAUCCUUUCAGGGAACUGGGUUUCAUCUGAGAACAUCAACUUUUAUAACGUGAGACCUCCACUAGAUCCUACUCCCUUUCCAAACAGUUUUAAGUGCUUUACCUGUGAUAAUGCAGUGGACAAUUACAACUGUAACAGAUGGGCUGAAGAUAGAUGGUGUCCUGAAGGUACUCGGUACUGUUUGACCAUUCAUCUCUUCACAGACCAUGGGAAGAGUAUAUCAGUCACCAAAAAAUGUGCUACUGGAGAUGAAUGCCAUUUUGUAGGCUGUCACCAUCACGAGGAAAGUAGUCACAGAGAAUGCGUUUCUUGCUGUGAAGGUAUGAUUUGCAAUGUAGAAAUACCAACCAAUCGCACAAAUGCAGUGUUUGCUGUAUUGCAUGCACGGAGAACGUCAGAUGGCAGCAGGCGGACAGUCAACACUGCAUUGCUUGCAUCAGUCAUGAUGGUUAUGUUGUCCUGAUGCAGCAUCCUCCCAUUACAUCUACUUGAGAGGGUUCGCCCUUCUGUGGGCUUGUAAGAAGCUAUAAGAAGAUUGCUUCAGAUGUGCAAGGUGAAAUCACUGCUACUUCUCAAAUUACGUAAGAAUUUAAGAAAACAGUGGGAAGACAAGUACACAUCAUGAAGUCCCUGGAUAUGUUAAUGAAAAUAACUUCAAACGGCCUGCAAUAUUUAAAAGAAACCACUA